AUCAAACCCUCCCAAAUUUAUAUAUAUAUAUAUAUAUAUAUGUACAAUUAAACAAAACCAAGCAAUUCAUCUUGGAUUCGCCAUGGAUGCCGCGAAGAGACUAAUACAGAAGGCGGUGCACCACCACCACCACCAUCAGCUCCAUGUGCAACGUGGCAGCUCGAAAUCGACGGACUUCGAUUUGCAAAUUGCUGUCCACUAUGGUAUCCCAUCUACGGCGUCGCUUCUUGCUUUUGACCCCAUUCAGCGUUUGUUGGCCAUUGCCACACUGGAUGGCAGAAUUAAAGUUAUUGGCGGUGAUGGAAUCGAAGGCCUUCUCAUUUCCCCAAAGCAAUUGCCUUAUAAGAGCCUAGAGUUUCUAGAAAACCGGGGUUUUCUAAUCGGCAUUUCAAAUGAGAAUGAUAUUGAGGUUUGGAAUCUGGAGAGCAGAUGCCUAGCUUGCUGUUUGCAAUGGGAUUCCAAUAUAACUGCAUUCUCUGUAAUCAAUGGCUCCUAUCUCAUGUUUAUUGGAGAUGAAUAUGGUUUGAUGUCUGUGGUGAAGUAUGAUGCUGAAGAUACUAAACUUUUACGGUUGCCAUAUCACAUAUUUUCAGAUCAUUUAAAUGAAGCAGUUGGUUUUCCAUCACUUGAUCACCAACAAAUUGUUGGAGUUCUUCCUCAACCUUGCUCUUUUGGAAAUAGAGUGCUGAUUGCAUAUGAGAAUGGACUGAUAAUUCUGUGGGAUUUUAAUGAAGCUCGAAUUCUUUUUGUUGGAGGCGGUAAGGAUCUUCAAUUGAAGGAUGGAAGUGUUGAUUCCCAAAGUGGAGAAGAUACUAAUCUUCAAGGCAAUGCAUCUUAUAAUCACUUGCAAGAGAAAGAGAUAAGUGCCCUUUGCUGGGCAUCUUCAAAUGGGUCCAUUCUUGCAGUUGGAUAUGUGGAUGGAGAUAUAUUGUUUUGGAAAACAUCAACCGGUUCCUCUGUUAGAGGUCAACAAAAUGAACCCUCAGGCAGCAAUGUUGUUAAGCUGCAAUUAUCAUCUGCUGAGAGGAGACUACCUAUUAUAGUCUUACACUGGUCUGCAAGCAAUAGAUCCAGUAAUGAUUGUGAUGGUCAACUGUUUAUCUAUGGUGGUGAUGAAAUAGGAUCUGAAGAAGUUCUAACUGUUCUGAAUCUAGAAUGGUCAUCUGGGAUGGAGACAGUAAGAUGUAAAGGUCGUGCUGACCUCACACUUACUGGAUCUUUUGCUGACAUGAUUUUGUUACCAAGUGCUUGGUCAAAAAAGAGUAAUCACAAAGCUGAUGUUUUUGUAUUGACAAAUCCCGGACAACUGCAUCUUUAUGAUGAUGCUAGCUUGUCUGCCUUGCUAUCUCAGCAAGAGAAGGAAACAUCUGUCUGUGCUUUGGAGUUUCCUGCAGUUGUACCUAUGGUUGAUCCACACAUGACUAUGGCAAAAUUCGCUGCAUUGCCUAUGGGUGGAAACUCUUCAAAAGUUCUAUCUGAGAUGGCCUCAGUUAGAAAACAAGGCACCACACUUGCCCAGGCUGGUGGUACAAAGUGGCCCUUGACUGGGGGUGUACCUGUUCAUCUGUCUUCAACAGAACAAAGAGUUGUUGAAAGAGUUUACAUAGCAGGUUAUCAAGAUGGAUCUGUUCGGAUUUGGAAUGCCUCUUAUCCUUUCCUCUCAAUUAUUUGCGUUCUAGAAGGAAAGGUGAAAGGUCUACAAGUUACUGGCUUUAGUACUCCAGUAUCAAAUUUGGACUUCUGUUCCCUCACUUCAAAUUUGGCAGUUGGCAAUGAAUAUGGACUGGUAAAACUUUAUAACUUCAAUGGCAGCUCAGAUGAGACAAGUUUUCACUUAGUGACAGAGACUAAGCAUGAAGUUUGCAUUUUGCCUCAAGAGGAAGGACCUCAUUGUAGGGCUGUUUUUUCUCUUCCUAAUUCCCCAAUUCGUGCGCUACAGUUUGCAAAUUCUGGAGCCAAACUUGCUGUUGGUUUUGAAUGUGGUAGGGUGGCAGUACUUGACAUGAGUUCAUUAUCAGUUCUCUUCUUCACAGACUUUGUAUCGAGCUCCAGUUCUCCUGUUAUUUCAGUGACCUGGACAAAUUAUGAAAAUAUUGGUAGCCUUGUAAAAAGUCCAAAGGAAACUAAUAUUGUAGCAAAUCCUGCAGAGGAAGUCAUGUUUUUCUUAACCAAGGAUGCAUUUCUUAAAAUAAUUGAUAGUGGUGGUGGAAUGAUCAAUUCUCAUCCAUGGCACCCAAAAAAGAAAUCAAUUGCAAUUUCCAUGUAUGUUAUAGAGUACAAUACUUCAGUCUCUACCUCAACCAAUGGAAAGCAUCUGGAGAAGGCUAACCAGGAUGUGGCUAUUAACAAGAAUCAGCCUGUGGAUGAAACUACUUUAACAGGGGCUAAUUCGCAUAGCAGUGAACAUCAUUCCUCUUCAGGUAUUGCACUCACAGGGGAAAGAUUAAUGGAUUCACUUAUUCUGCUUUGUUUUGAGGAUUCAUUGCGCUUGUACUCUACAAAGAGUGUGAUUCAGGGAAACAAUAAAUCCAUUUUUAAAGUGAAACAUUCGAACCCUUGCUGUUGGACUUCAACUUUUAGGAAGGAUGACAAAGUUUGUGGACUGAUCUUGCUGUUUCAGACUGGAGCAAUUGAAAUCAGAUCUUUUCCAGAUUUGGAAUUGGUGAAAGAAAGCUCCUUAAUGUCAAUUCUUAGGUGGAACUACAAAACAAACAUGGAGAAGAAUAUGAGUUUUGAUAAUGGGCUGAUUACAUUGGCAAAUGGGUGUGAGUUGGCCUUCGCCUCACUACUGUCUGGUGAAAAUGGUUUCAGGAUUCCAGAGUCUCUUCCUUGUCUUCAUGAUAAGGUCCUUGCUGCUGCUGCAGAUGCAGCCAUCAGUUUCUCUUCCAAUCAGAAGCAGAAGCAGGGUAUUAAGCCUGGGAUUCUAGCCGGUAUUGUCAAAGGCUUUAAAGCUGCAAAAUUAGCGCAGACCACGGAUAUUACUCCAACACCUCAAUCCAAUUUUAGUCACCUGGAGGACAUUUUCUCGAAGCCACCAUUCUCAGAAUCAUCUCCAGCUGUUACUGAUAUUCAGGAAGCUGUAGAGCUUAAUAUAGAUGAUAUUGAGAUAGAUGAAUCACCUCUGCCCACGGUAACUACAUCGCAGGAAGUGAAAAAUAUAAAGAGAGAGAAGGAUACAGAAAGGGAACAGUUAUUAGGCAGGGCUGAUGAUAUAAAACCCAGACUAAGGACACCUGAAGAAAUUAUAGCUCAAUAUAGAAAAGCUGGGGAUGCCUCGUCAGUUGCUGCACACGCAAGAAACAAGCUUGUGGAAAGACAAGAAAAAUUGGAGAGAAUCAGCAGGCGCACUGCAGAGCUGCAAAAUGGAGCUGAAGACUUCGCAUCAUUGGCAAAUGAGCUUGUUAAGGCAAUGGAGAAUCGAAAAUGGUGGCAAGUGUGAAAGGGGGAAAAUCUGGUAUGUAUAGAACGUGUUUCUUUUGGUCACACACAUUUUUACUAGAUUUGUUCAGGGAUGUGGGAGUUGAUCCCCAGGCAUUUAAAGCACAGGAUAUUAUGGUCACCAGUUGACCUUUUACCUGAUAAUUCAGAGCUUGUACUUUUAGGAGUUAGUUUUCAUCACCUAUGAUGUAAAGCAAAUGAUGGUGCUAGCAGGCUUUUUUUUUUUUUGGCUAAAUACAGCUGCUUGCAGUAAUUAUUUUACAUUCUUUGCA